GAGGGACAGAGAUGCAAGACAAAGCAGCCUGAGGGAAAGAGAUGUUUUGACUCCCAAAGACAGAGAGGGGAUAUAGAAAGCGUAUCUUGAGGACAAGGGGCGCUCGUGAACAUCGUGUCCCGUGUGUUGCUGUGGAUCUGUGAGUGUGUGGUUGUGCGUCAGAGGGAGGUGUGUUGUGGCGAGAUGUGGACAGUCGGUCCGGCUCUUUUGCAGUGGGGGCCACAUUACACCGGCUUCUCCUGAGUUACGCUAGCAACUCUUCGAAGCUCAAAUACAUAUCCAGCAAUGAGCCUACAGAGGGAGACACCUAAAAAAUGACAGAACGACAGAUGGCUUCUACUGAAAGGAGCCUACGUAUCCAGGCUGACGACGACCUGAAGUCUAUGUUUGUUGGCACAGUGAUGAGAAAAAUCAAGUCUCGCACGUGGAAAAAACAGCGUUAUUUCCGACUACAAGAAGACUGCAUGACUAUCUGGUACAAGAGCAAGAAAGCAGGAAACGCACACUCCACCUUUUCUGUGGGUGAUGUGGAAGCUGUGCGGGAAGGGCACCAAUCUGAGGUUCUGCUCAGCAUUGCUGAUGAGUUCCCGCCUGACCGCUGCUUCACCCUUGUGUUCCGUGGUCGAAGAGGCAACUUGGACCUAGUGGCCGAAUCAGCAGGGGAAGCACAAUCGUGGAUUAAAGGGAUACGCAAACUCAUCGAUAACCUGGAGAACAUGGGGCAGAGAGAGAAACUAGACCAAUGGAUCUGUGAUUGGUUUAAAAAGGCAGACAAAAACAGAGAUGGGCAGAUGAACUUUAAGGAGGUCCGCAAUCUGUUAAAGAUGAUGAAUGUGGACAUGAAUGAGCAUCAUGCUCUUCGUCUCUUUACGAUGGCAGACAAGUCUCAAUCAGGAACUCUUGAGGAUGAUGAGUUUGUGCUGUUCUAUAAGAUGUUGACUCAGCGUGAGGAUGUCCUGCGAGUGUUUCAGGAAUAUUCGGCUGAUGGGCAGAAGCUAACGCUCCAAGAUCUGAAAGAUUUCCUACAAGAGGAGCAGCUACACAAGGACGGCGUUCAGCAGUAUGCACUAAAGCUCAUUGAACACUAUGAACCUUCAGACACAGCAAAAAUGUUGCAAGCAAUGACGUUUGAUGGUUUCCUGAUGUACCUGAGCUCAUCAGAGGGCUCCAUUUUCAACCCUACCAUGGUGGAUCUCUACCAGGACAUGACUCAGCCUCUCUGUCAUUACUUCAUAUCAUCUUCUCAUAACACGUACCUUCUGGAGGACCAAAUCAGAGGACACAGCAGUGUGGAAGGCUAUAUACGAGCACUGAAACGUGGCUGUCGAUGUGUCGAAGUGGACUGCUGGGAUGGACCAAAUGGAGAACCAAUCGUCUACCAUGGACACACGUUUACCUCCAAGAUCUUCUUCAAGGAUGUUGUCAAUGUGCUGGGCAACUAUGCAUUUAAAGCAUCGCAGUACCCUGUCAUCUUGUCCAUUGAAAACCACUGCAGUGUAGAACAGCAGAAAGUCAUGGCCCAACACCUCACCCAGAUCCUGGGAGACAAGCUGCUGAAAAGCCCUUUAGAUGGAAAGAUUCCCAACGUCCUCCCAUCUCCUGAGGAUCUGAAAGGGAAGAUUCUGUUGAAAGGAAAGAAGAUGGGUGGAUUAGAGAAUAGCAUGAAUGGGGUAGUGGACCCUUCGAUGGGAGAGGUGAGCGACGAAGAGGAGACUGCUGAAAUUGACGAUGACCAUCAUCGCAAUGACAGCGUACGGCAUAGACUCAAGAAAUCCAAGCAGCGUCUAUCUAAAGAGCUGUCGGACUGUGUGGUUUACUGCAAGAGUGUCCACUUUAGCAGCUUUAAACAUUCACAAAUUCACUCAAAGUUUUACGAGAUCUCCUCCUUCACCGAGUCUAAGGCCCGGAAACACAUUAGGGAGGCAGGAUCAGAGUUUGUUCUCCAUAACACUCGCCAGCUGAGCCGGGUUUACCCCAGUGGUUUGAGAACGGACUCAUCCAACUUCAACCCACAGGACAUGUGGAAUGCAGGGUGCCAAAUUGUUGCUCUGAACUUUCAGACCGCAGGGGUUGAGAUGGAUCUAAACGAUGGCUUAUUUAGUCAAAACGGACAUUGUGGCUACAUACUGAAACCAACAUUCAUGCGCAACACUGACGAGCGGUUUGACCCAGAGAACCCUCAAAACCGAGACGGUUACAAUCCACUUAGCCUGUCCGUACAGAUAAUCAGUGGCCAACAGCUUCCCAAGGUAAACAUCAAGGAGGGCUCAAUUAUCGAUCCCCUCGUUCGGGUGGAAAUUCACGGCGUACCACUGGACCAGGCCAAGCAGGAAACCAGAUACAUCGACAACAACGGUUUUAACCCAGUAUGGCACGAUAUGCUUCAGUUCACAAUUCAUGUCCCUGAGUUGGCGCUGGUGCGGUUUGUCGUGGAGGACUAUGAUAAAACAUCAAAGAACGACUUUGUGGGACAGUUCACUCUCCCUUUCCUCUGUAUGCAACCAGGAUAUCGUCACAUUCAUCUCCUGUCUAAGGACGGCACCAGCAUACCUCCUUCCUCGCUUUUUGUUCACGUCCGGAUAACUAAACUAACGUAAAGUGACGGAAUUAAAAGUUGUCUUACACUGACAUGUGCACAAAACAAACUAAAAGCUGCAACAAUUUCUUCAAAGUCUUCCCAGUCAACAUUUGUUAGCAGAAAGCCGACAUUUUAAUAAAUACAGUAAAAAUGUAUUAUAAAGUAACAUUUCACAUUUUUAAGGUAACGUUGAGUUGCUAUAGAUUUAGUAAAUUUGUACGCCAAAUAAUUUACUUUAUUUACUGUUAUUAAGAUUUGUGUGAUUGUAGGGAUCUAUAUCUAAAUAUAACUUCAGUGAUAUACAUGUCCGAGGGUUGUAUUUUAACCUUAAACUCAAAUGAAAAAAUAGAAAAUUAGAUUUGCAUAAGGAAUGAGUGCUAUUUUGUUUUUUAGGACUAAAAUACAGAUUUCAGGCGGAAAUAUGCACUGCACAAAAAAUAAGUUUUGUUUUCUUCUGGACAAACAUCUAAAUAUUCUUAAAUUAUGAAGAAUAUUCAUUGUGAAGAAAAAUAACUUAAAAUAUUUCAAAAGUUUUCAAAAAAAUAAAUAAAAAAAAUACCAAAAUUGGGUGAGAUUUUGCUUAAAACAAGGGGGGGGGGUGACUUACAGAUUUAAUGCAUCUCGAUUUAAGAAUGUUUUGAUAUCUGUGCUGAAAAAUAAGCCAAAAAUCUUUUUUGCAGUGUGACCUGGAUAUUUCAUGAGAUUCACCCAAUGUUAUUUUUACCAUGCAUGGCAAAUCUUUACAUCUUGCUUUAUGUAUUUUAUAAAUAUUUCAAUAGAACUAGUUUUACUUUCUUAAUCGUACCACUCCAUUUCAGUAGUACUUACAGUGGUGUACGUGUUAACUGCUACUUUGGAAUGAAGUACAGAUAUAAUGAGCUCAAGGGCUCAAUUACAAUCUUACUUUGGCCCCGAAGUACCUCAGGGGCCAGACUCAGUUACAGAGAGAUGCAGAAGGAGGGCAAUGAAAAUAACCACCUCUGUUCCAACCUCCACCUACCUGGAUACAGUAAACCAUCGUAUACAUUUCCAAAUACAUACCUUAUACUCUUGAAUGUAGAUGAGAACUUAACCUUGACUAUUCUGAAUCACGUCAAGUAAUUUAUUAAAUCAAAUGUAUGCUGCUGGACCAAUAGUGUUAUAUUUUUGUAUUUCUAAGCUUUGGAUCUGUAUACUGUUUUUGUAAUAUUGUUCAGUAACUAUCUGUCGAUUUUGCUCGUGUAUAUACGUAUGUAUAUAUUUAUUUAUUUGCCAUAUUCAUCAAAGAAUAAAG